UGUACUACUAAUAAACCUGCCUUAAUCACAACCCCGCAUCUCAAAUCAAGCGCCGCACGCCGAUCAAACCACACCCCGCCGCAUCGUCGCCUCUCCGCGAAUCCACCCACCCACCCACUCGAGAUCCAAAUCCGGCGCCUGGAGGGAUAUGCCCGACUCCUCCUCGUCGUCGGCGGCGGCGGCGCUGCCGCUGCUCCCGUCGUCGCAUGCGGCGGCGGGGGUGGGAGCGGCGGCGGCCACCUCCGUGCUGCGGGGGAGGCGGCGGCGGAGGGGGCUGCGGCGCCCGCGGGGGCUGCUGGGGUGGGGCGCGCUGGUGGCCUUCUUCUUCGUCAUGAACUGGUGGAUGUUCUCCCGCCUCCAGGACCCCGCCGCGCGCUCGCACUUCCGCCUCCGCCGCCGCCACUCGCCCGCCGCCAACGCGUCGCUGUCCACUCUGAAGUCAGUGGUGCUGGAAAGGGGAAGAGACCUCAUCAGGUCAUGCUCACUCGGCUACUUGCUUUAGCUGCCCAUGCAUUGGCAGAGGCAGAGACGAGGCCAGAACCCCAGGAUUUGUGGAAAGAGCCAAUAAAUGCUACUAUGUGGCGACCUUGUUCUGACAAAAGGACUUGGGAGCCAUCAGAGGGGACCAAUGGAUACAUCAUGAUUAGUGCAAAUGGUGGAAUAAACCAGCAAAGGGUGGCGAUCUGUAAUGCUGUUACAAUAUCUCGAUUGCUCAAUGCAACUCUUGUCAUUCCCAAAUUCUUGUACAGUAAUGUUUGGCUGGACAAAAGCCAGUUUGGCGAUAUAUAUCAGGAGGAUUAUUUUAUCAAUUAUUUGAAAUCUGAUAUUCGGAUUGUGAAGGAGCUUCCUGUGGAGCUGCAAUCAUUAGACUUGGAGGCGAUUGGUAGCCUUGUUAAUGAUACCGAUGUUAUGAAAGAGGCAAAGCCAAGCUUAUAUGUAAAAAAGAUACUACCAAUUUUAUUGAAGAAUAGAGUUGUCCACUUAGUAGGAUUUGGUAACCGUUUGUCUUUUGAUCCAAUACCUUUUGAACUUCAGAGACUGCGUUGCAGAUGUAAUUUUCAUGCUCUUCGUUUCGUACACAAAAUACAAGAAACUGGUGCAUUACUUGUAGAGAGGUUGCAUGGUCAUAGACCCCAUCCAUCACCUUUGGAGGAUAAUCUUUUAGGCCAUUUUGCUAGCAAAUCUGUUCUCAAGGGGAACAAGAAUGAAACAUCGAAAUAUCUAGCAGUUCAUCUCAGGUUCGAGAUCGAUAUGGUUGCAUAUUCUAUGUGUUACUUUGGUGGUGGAAAAGAUGAGGAAGAGGAAUUAGAGAUGUAUCGUCAAAUUCACUUUCCAGCCUUGACAGAACUAAGGAAGACGACAAAGUUGCCCUCAGCUGCUUUCUUGCGAUCUGAAGGAAAAUGCCCCCUUGCACCUGAAGAGGCUGUGCUUAUGCUUGCUGCUAUUGGUUUCAAGCACAGCACAAAUGUAUACAUUGCAGGUGCUGAAAUUUAUGGUGGGAGACAUAGGAUGGCAGCCAUAAGCCGUCUAUACCCUGCUUUAGUAUCUAAAGAAACUCUUUUGUCUUCCUCGGAACUCGAACCAUUCAGAAACUUUUCAUCCCAGUUAGCAGCCUUGGACUUUAUUGCAUGUGCAGCUGCCGAUGCCUUUGCCAUGACUGACCCAGGUAGCCAGUUCUCUUCCCUUGUCCAAGGAUAUCGCAUGUACUAUGGUGGUGGGGACCUUCCUACAAUUAGACCAAACAAGCGCCGGCUAGCCAGCAUACUUCUGAAGAAUGCCACAAUGGAGUGGAAUGAAUUUGAAACUAGAGUAAGAAAACUCAUACAGCAAACUAAGCAAGUCCAUGAGAGACCAGUUGCAAGGAGUAUAUUCAGACAUCCUCGAUGUCUUGAUUGUAUGUGCAGAACAGAGAACUGAGAUAUUUAGGAACUGUCUUGUGCCUAUAGCAAUUUUAGAAGACAAUGUUUGGUGCUUUGGCAGACAGAUGGGUUUGUUCCUCUUUUCCCUGAAGUACCAUUUGGAAUCAAAUUGUAAAGGGGGUGAUUGGCUCUCACUGCUAGCAGAAACAAUUGCACUCUCUGAUGAUGGCUCUAGCACAGUUUAAUAUGAUCAACUAGCAUUUCCUGGCUUCCUGAUCAGACAAAUUUGUUUUGGAUUUCAAUACCAUGGCACUUUCUUAUCUCCUAUGUGAUGGUACCAAGGACUGAAGUGUGCAUCCAAGCUGCAGUGCUGCCAGAUUUUUUGAUACAGCUAAAUUGAACAAUGCGGUUACUGGGAGUACAUCAUCAGCAUCUGUCACAAAAAGAAACAAUUUCAUUUUGCCGAGCAACGUUAGCAGCACCAUUCUAGUUUUGAAGGCUGUCUUGUUUGUAUCAUUUGACAAUUCAGGAUGCAGGUUUUUGGCAAAUUGAGUAUGUGAUCUUCAAUAUGGUUUCUUUCAGUCAUUUGAUGAGUCAAGUGGCAACUAGUUCUCUUCUAUUCUUUAGUUGAUUGAGUAGUCUUGUAUUAUACGAGCCGUACAUAACAUUGUUGUAACUUGUAAGUUUAUACAAAUUGAGGAAGUUAAAAUGAACAGCAAGAGGAACACUUAUCUUGUUCUUUAUAUGUUGUAUUUAUCCAUGAGACCAUUGGGAAACAUCCAUUUGUAGCAUUAUGUUUUUGGCAUGGUGCCCGUAUCAGGAA